UUUGGGAUCUCAGGAGGCCCACUGCCCUGAAUAAAUGGGGAAGCCUGUUCUGGAAAAGGAAAGCCCAGUGCAUAUGAGUGAGGGAAAGAAGAGAUGGACUGGAUGGAUUGCUGUGGUUGGUGAGAGGAGUGGAGUACGAACCAUAGGCAAGAAUCAAAGAUCCUUCUGAUGAUGAAGAAAUGGAAAAAUCAACCAACACAAGUAAACCAGUGCAGCCUGACUCAGACUCUGAGUCCAAACCUGCUACAUCAAAGAAAAGAAAACAGCCUGCGGAAUGUUUUCUAACUCGUCCCGAGGAAAAAGAAGAAAACACUGUGAAGGUGAAAAGGAGAAGGAAGAAGAAAAUUUCUGAUAUUCUUGCAAAAUCAUCUCCAAAACCAGGCAUCCCUGAAGACCUACAAAAGCUACUUAAUCAACACUUUGGUACUAAACGUUCAGUGAUUGAACUAGAAGAGUUAAAACUGCCAGAUUCCUGUUUCCUGCCAGCCAAUGACCUCACCCACAGUUUUUCUUCAUACCUGAAGGAAAUCUGUCCCAAAUGGGCAAAACUUCGUAAAACCCACAAGGAGAAGAAGUCUGUGCUGAUGCUGAUUAUCUGCAGUUCUGCUCUCCGUUGUUUGGAGCUCAUUAAGUCUAUGACAGCAUUCAAAGGAGACUGCAAAGUUAUUAAAUUGUUUGCAAAACACAUAAAGAUAAAAGAACAGAUGCACAUGCUGGAGAAUGGAGUCAUCCACCUGGGUGUAGGAACACCUGGAAGAAUAAAAGCGUUAGUAAAACAAGAUGGCCUUAGCUUGAACUCCUUGAAGUAUCUGAUUUUGGAUUGGAACUGGAGAGAUCAGAAGUUAAGGAGAAUGAUUGAUAUCCCUGAGAUAAGGAAAGAAGCAAUUGACCUUCUGGAAAUGGGAAUUAUAAAGCUGUGCAGAGAGGAUUCUGUGAAGCUGGGACUCUUUUAAUGGUGUAACUAACACGGAUGCAAUUUACUGCUGUAUUUCACUUAGCAUUGUCUGUAGUAGGCAACUAUUCAGUUCUUCCAUUUCUGAGAUGCUUAGCAGAAAUGCGUAUUACAAUGUUUGUCAGCUUCUGGCCCUCUUAUAAUAAAGCAAAGAUUUGCAUGUA